CGUUUCGAGGCGUGCGAUGCAGCCGAGCGGACGUGCACCCGAGCGUAGGCGAAGAGAUGCAGGCGCUGGGCCUGGGCCGCGCGUGCAGCCUCGGCCAUUUCUGCCGCCGCAUCGCCUCUACCUCUUCUGCUCCACCCCGUCCGCUCAACGGUAGAAGGCUAAAAGGCGGCAGGGCCGUGUGCGCCAACGCCGGCGCCACCCAGUCGGCGCAGAUGGAAGGCACGCAGCAGGUGGAGGAGCAGGCGAGGGUGGUGAAGCUGCGGGCGGUGGAGGCCACACCCGAGUCCUUCGCGCCGUUCGGCCAGGUAGUCGCCGCCUCCCCCGACGGCGACCAGUUCGGCCCCCACGACGCCCAGCUCGACCUCAGCCGCGGCAUCCCUAGGUUCUACAUCAUGAGAUUGGAGGACCGGCCGCUCAAGUUCUCGACCAUCACUCACCACGCCAGCGUGACCCAGUGCCUCGGCUCCAUCGGCGGCCAAGACUGGUACCUCGGGGUGGCCAAGUCGUCGAUAGUGGAUGGGGCGCCCGAGCAGAGUGGUCAGGAUGGGAGGAAGCCCGUUCGGUCCCACGCCGGGCACUACUACCUGCCUCCCGAUCCGGCUGAGGUCUGCAUCUUCCGGGUUUCUGGCCCCAAGUUUCUCAAGCUGCACAAGGGGACAUGGCAUGCCGGGCCGCUCUUCAAGGCGGAUGCCGUGGAUUUCUAUAACCUGGAGCUGAGUGACACCAACGUUGUUGAUCACACUUCACACUGUUUCAAGAAACAUGAUGGGAUAACUUUUGUUGUUGAGGAUUGAAACACAUUUCGCAAUCCACGCGCAGUGUUGUCUACCUGAAACGAGUUUACCAGACAACUAGGUGAUCUUGUUUUGUAUCCCUUUUAAUGAACAACCAAUACGUAAGCCUUAUGUACAAGUCACAUCUGAGCUGCUUGUUCGUAUUCUUGGAAA